GGAGCUGAGCGGGUCAGAGACUGGGCGGUACUUUGUGAGCUAUGGGAGGCCAGACAGUAGGAGGGAGUGUCUCAGUGGGUCACCUAGUUCAUCGGAGGCACUUCUUCACAUCUUUGUUGCCUGAGCUUUCUGUUUAAACUUCUCCCCGUCCCAAAGGCAAAAUAGAGACCUCCAGGGGGAAUAUGACCGCUCUUAACUGGAAGCCCUUUAUAUAUGGGGGGUUAGCGUCAAUCACUGCUGAAUGUGGUACGUUUCCUAUAGACUUGACCAAAACACGUCUCCAAGUACAGGGUCAAGCUAAUGAUGCCAAAUAUAAGGAAAUCCGAUACAGGGGGAUGAUGCAUGCAAUUGUGAGGAUAUGGAGGGAAGAAGGCGUCAAAGCACUUUAUUCUGGAAUAGCACCUGCAAUGUUGCGCCAGGCGUCGUAUGGCACCAUUAAAAUUGGCACGUAUCAGAGCUUGAAGAGAUUGUUUGUCGAUUGCCCAGAAGAUGAAACGUUAGUCCUCAAUGCAUUCUGUGGAGUAUUGUCAGGGGUGGUGUCUUCCUGUAUUGCCAAUCCUACUGAUGUUUUAAAGAUAAGAAUGCAGGCUCAAGGCAAUGUAAUGCAAGGAGGAAUGAUUGUAAACUUCAUCAAUAUUUACCAGCAAGAGGGGACCAGAGGACUAUGGAAGGGGGUGUCUCUCACUGCCCAGAGAGCAGCUAUUGUGGUUGGUGUGGAAUUACCUGUGUAUGAUAUCACCAAGAAGCAUCUGAUACUUUCAGGACUAAUGGGAGACACAGUCUACACUCACUUUUUAUCCAGCUUUACAUGUGGAUUGGCUGGAGCUCUGGCAUCAAAUCCUGUUGAUGUUGUGAGAACUAGAAUGAUGAACCAAAGGUCAAUACGUGAUGCGUCAAAUUCAAGUUACAAAGGUACUCUGGAUUGCUUAUUGCAGACAUGGAAGAAUGAAGGAUUUUUUGCAUUAUAUAAGGGAUUUUGGCCUAACUGGUUGAGACUGGGUCCUUGGAACAUCAUUUUCUUUAUAACAUAUGAACAGCUGAAGAAACUGAACUUGUGAUGUCGGGAGAUUCCAUUCUGAAUAAUUUUGAAAGUUCAAAAUCCUCCUAUGUUUGGCUACUGGACUUCUGCACUAUGACUUGAAAUGUUCAUUACAGUACUGUGUGUUAAGACAAUGUUACUCUUGCUGAAAGCCUGAAUGUUAAAUGUCAGGCUUGCCCAAUGACCCUGAUUUAUUGUUUUUAGGAAUGUCACAUUGAUUUUGAGAAAUGCAUCCAUAGAGGACACCCUCGAAUACAAGUUAAAAAGCGUUACUACUAGUGGGACUCCCACCUACAGAGGGAAGUGAAAGAAAACGUUUUAAUUGUCUAUAUUUAUCCAUGAAAAUGUCAUUUUACACAGCAAGUUGGGCAGUCCUCUGUAAUUGGUGUAUUUUGGGGGGAAAAUGAGUUAAGAUUUAUGUUAAGAUAAAUCUAUGGCUUUUGACUUGUUGGGUAUCUGUUACAUCCUCUGAAAAUGUGUCUUAAGGUUUGAUAUAUGAUCUGUUACACCUUCCCUCCAGAAAAAUAAGAAUUAAGCAAUUUUAGCAAUUUUUUUGUAUAUGAAGAUUAAUCUAAUUUCAGAACCAAAAUUAUAUAUUUAUAUAGAAAACCCAUAUAUGAGCUUGAGACAUACUGUACUCUUUUCUUGGCCCACUGGAAGGCGUGUGUUGCACACUUACAGAUUAACAUACUUUAAUAAUGAGUGAAGCAAUUUUUUUAUUUUGUUUGGAUUUUGUAUGAAAACUGACUAAAUAAUACAAUUAUGUGUGCAAUAAUCGUGAGCUUCUCUCAGAAUUUUUUUUUUAUAUUUUUUAAACAGUCAGAGACACGGUACCUCCAAAAUACCUAGAGUGUCCAUGCCCUUACUGUUAAGCUCAUGGACACCCUAUACAAGUAUUUAAUGCAAGGCUUUAUAGAUUUUUUUUUUUUUUUUUUUAAUGCAAUGGAAAUCAUAAUUCCACCAAAGCUAGAAUGCUACUGACAGAAGUACUUUUAAGUCACCUUUUUUUUUAUAGUACAUUCCACAUACUGCUGAUGUACACUUAUUUAUUGAAAAAUGCCAUUGCUAAUGAAAUGCUCUAAUGCAUAGAUUUUAUGUUUAUGUGGUUUAUGUGCACAUGACACUUUUGCGUUUUUCUGCCACUUUUCUUAGAAACUUGAGCAGUUCGAUCUGUGCUUUCUUGCCUGUGGAAUUUAUUUGUAGUGUUUAGUUCAACUCUGUAAUGCUGGAGGUUCUCCAACUUGCCCGUUUCAUAUUUUGUAUGCAGUGACAUGUGACUGGAUACGGAAAUUGCUUAUAUCACUUUGUUUUUUAAGCAACAUGAGUUAAGUUACAGCACUGCCACAAUACAGUAAUGGUUACAUCGUUUUUAAUUUUAAGUGGGAUUUUUUUUUUUAAGUAUUCAACACUCAAAAUUAUUUGAAGUGUACUUCGUAACUUUAUCAGUAUGAACAGUGGUCCAUAUUCUAGAAAUCAGUCCUAAUUUACAAGCAUAAUUCAACUGGUCAUAGCUUGCAGGUGUAGGGAUGUAUAUGCAUAAGCAUAUUGAAGACGUGCAAAAAGAUUCAGGUUUAGCCAGAAUUAUACAGUUAACUGGAUUUCAUGCAGCUUAGCUAUGUUCCUUAUUUUAUAUUUUAACGGGCAGCAACAAAACUGGCAUAAUUGUGAUUUCAAGGCUGUAAUGUUGGGCUUACACAAGAAGAUCUGCUCAUUUUGAGAGGUUGCCAAAGCAGCAGAUGCUUGCUUCUAUUUAGCCAGCCACGCAAUGGGCCAAAUCAAAUUGUUUGACCCGCAUUAUGUGGUCCUAUGCAGACCUGUCAAAAGCUGAUGUAGGCUUCACCUUAUAGGAUUUUCUGAUCUGCCAGAAAUGUUGGCAGGCUCCAAAUACGAGCCAAUAAGCUGCCGUCUUGAUCUGGGAAAUCCAAAUCGGCAGCUUGUGUCGGCCCAUUCACAGCCAGCUUUACUGCAUGGAACAAUAAAUAAAAACAGAUGCAAUUGCAUCCCUUCAGAAAAACAGAUCUAUUGUUCACUGUAAGUGAAGGCUUUACUCAUAUCUGGGCUAUGAAACUCUACAUUUAGGUGUCUAUUCUUCAAGAACCACUCAUAAUAAGUCCAUUGUGUCAUGCUACAGAUAUAUGUAAAUAGCAGUAUUUGGAUAUAAUAUGGAUAUAAUAGCUGUUGACAAGCUCAGCUUGUUACUUGCAUACAGGGGGUGAUACAGUGGCAGUAGUAAGGAAAAGUUAAAAGUACACUAAAUACAGUAUUUUGGCAGCUCUAGGAGAGUGGCAGAACAUAUGAGGAGACGCACUGAUCAUUACAAGUGAAGGGUGUCCAUCAGGCUUUUUUUUUUUAAAUGCUACCAAUGGGUUUCAGUACAGUUUGGGGGCUAUUUAUUAAAGUCCAAAUGGGAAAAAACUGAAGUUUUUUUUACUAUAAAAUUUGAAUUUUUAGUGGGAAAAAACACGAUUUUUUCAAGAUUAAUUAUACCCUGAGGAUGCAAAAAGUCAGUAUCCCAAAAUACUCCUUCUUCAACCUGUUGAGGACCUGUAGAAGUCAGUGGCAGAGGUCCUAUUUGCAAUUUGCAAUUUUUUAUUUAAAAUAUCAGAAAAAUUUGGAUUUUGAUAAAUAACCCCAUUAACCAACUGACUGUGGAAGCUUAUUUCCAAACUUCAUUUCAUCCCCAGAGUCCUUGUGCCUAAAAAAUACUUUGAAAGCUGUGUAGAUACUUGUAUUAUAGUUAUUACUAGUUUCUGUAUUUAUUGUUCAUUUUAAGACGUAGCCAUUAGUUUUCUAUGAAGUGUUAUGUUGAGCUUGCUUGUAUUCUAUGUGCUUUGAGAGGCUGCUAAUAAAAUACAGAAUGUAAA